AUGAUCCUAAAUACCACAACGCCUCGAGGCCACCGUUCCGAGACUCUACCACGGCAAGAUACUGAAGCUCAGUUGCCGCCGGAGGAACAUAGAAGCAAUCUUUCAGCAGUCACUACAUCCUCCCAACAUGGUUCGUGGUGGAAAAUCCAUCCCUUUCGGGGGAUGGUCAAUGAUCUUAAACGCAGAGCGCCAUUCUUUUUGAGCGACUGGACAGACGCUUGGGACUACCGUGUUAUUCCAGCGACAGUUUAUAUGUAUUUUGCAAAUAUCCUUCCGGCCCUUGCCUUUUCUUUGGAUAUGUUCCAAAAUACUGGCACUGAAUAUGGUGUCAACGAAGUCUUGCUGGCGUCCGUGCUUGGAUCUGUGGUCUUUUCAUUCUUCGCUGCACAACCACUUGUCAUCGUGGGAGUUACUGGUCCCAUUACCGUAUUUAAUUACACUGUUUACAAUAUCAUGCAACCGACCGGCGUCAACUACAUUGGCUUCAUGGCCUGGAUUGGGAUAUGGUCUUUGAUACUCCAUUGGAUUUUGGCUACUACGAACUCAUGCAAUUGGCUUCGAUGGGUCACUCGUUUUCCUUGCGACAUCUUCGGCUUUUACGUGGCCUUCAUAUAUCUUCAAAAGGGAGUACAGGUCUUGGAACGCCUAGGAGAUGACAGCGCAUUCUACCUCUCUAUUGUUAUCGCAUUGCUUGUCUUUAUGGUAGCGUACCUAUGUGGCGCCUUAGGAAACAGCAGUCUUUUCCAACAUUGGAUCCGCGUUUUCUUAAAAGAUUAUGGCACCCCGCUCACCAUCGUCUUUUUCACUGGGUUUGUUCAUAUUGGUCGGAUGGCCAAGGUUCACCUCGAGGUUCUCCCAACAAAUAUCGCUUUCAUGCCUACCAAUAGCAGUAGAAGCUGGCUUGUCAACUUUUGGGAUAUGAGCGUCGGUGACAUCUUUCUCGCCUUACCCUUUGCUGUCCUAUUGACGAUCUUGUUUUGGUUCGAUCAUAACGUCUCGUCUCUGAUUGCCCAGGGAAGUGAGUUUCCAUUGCGCAAGCCUGCUGGCUUCCACUGGGAUUUAUUUCUCCUCGGACUGACUACCGGUGUAGCCGGUAUUCUUGGACUGCCGUUUCCAAAUGGCCUCAUUCCCCAAGCCCCCUUCCACACUGAGUCAUUGUGCGUCACCAAACCUGUCAGGAAGGUUGACGAGAAAGGCGAAGACAAAGGCGGAUACUAUUUCGAAGCAACCCAUGUAGUGGAACAGCGAGUCUCUAAUCUCGCCCAGGGCCUUCUGACACUUGGUACCAUGACCGGCCCUCUCCUUUUCGUUUUGCACCUCAUACCUCAUGGUGUCCUGGCCGGUCUUUUCUUCGUGAUGGGUAUCCAAGCCCUGGAGGGGAAUGGAAUCACUGCCAAGAUCGUUUUUCUGGCCCGGGACAAAGCCCUAACGCCGGCCACCGCCGAACUGAAAACCAUCAAACGCCGUGCUGCUGUCUGGAUUUUUGUUGGCAUCGAGUUGUUCGGCUUUGCUGCUACUUUCGCCAUCACACAAACAAUCGCCGCCGUCGGCUUUCCCGUUUUCAUCUUCCUCCUCAUCCCCAUCCGUACGUUCCUCCUUCCUCGUAUCCUCCGACCAGAGGAACUUGCCAUUCUCGACGCUCCCACCGCUUCACCAUUUACAAUGGAAGGCAUCGGCGGGGCUUGGGGAGGAUCGUGCGCCAGUGUCGAUGAUCGGCGCGAUAGUAAUGAUACUGCAGCCCCUGUCAGCAGGCAAUGUUCGCAGCAGGAGUCUCAUCUCCGCCCGGAACUCCACGACAGUGUCUUCGCCAGCCCUGGGGACCCUCGCAAAAGCCAAGAAGACUUUGCGGACUUGAGCCAAGUCCACAGUGGGCACAGUACGGCAACAAGAAGAAAAAGUGUGGAUAGGAGAGUGACGGGUUCCUCUCGAGCUGGUCACUCUUAA